CGGUCCCGCUCUACUGCGCAGUCUCCGAACACUUAGACGCCAGCGGCAACUUCACCGGGAGUCCUGCGCACCCCUCUGCCUGUCGCCCACAACAGCCCGCAUCAUCAUCACCAUCAUCAUCAUCAUCAUCCUCUUCAUCAUCAGCAGCAUCAUCAGUGUGAUGAAGCAGCGGAGGACGGAGACCUUCCUGCUCUGAGACACUGGAUCAGCCCGCAGACAGUAUGACCGAGGUGAUGAAAUCUCUGGAGCCGGGGACAGAGGACUUCAGCGGGGGAGGAGCAGGAGGCGAUCAGGGUGCUAUCUUCCCAGAUACCCAUGAAAGGUAUCCAAAGUUGUCCAAGAGGCUUCCCUCCAUCGUGGUAGAGCCGAUGGACGCAGCGGAGGUGGAGAGCGGCGAGCUCCGCUGGCCGCCAGAUGAUCCUGGCUCUCCGGGCACCCAACCUGAGAGACGGAGUGCAGAGGAGCAAACUGCAGAUGAGGAGCAGUUGGACGUCGGCUUGGAUGAAGAGGCUUCAGGGGCAGAGAUACAGGACUCCAACUGAACACGCUCCUCUCUUACAAAAUCCACUGUUACUGUGAGUGUGUCCAGACUUGGAUGAAUAAAAAAGAGAGCAAUAUAAGAGCACACUGCGUGGAUAGAAAAAUCAGGCAGCCAGAGGAGGAAGGACAGAAUAAACAGAUUCCCAGACCCCAGCUCAUGGGCUUGGAGCCAAAGUCGUGUCUGCACCUUCAGGAUAAAUUUCCAGAAGGUGCUUUUCUUUUCAUGUCAUCAUCUGCGCUGAUGAAGAUGCUUGUUCUGACAGACAGUAAAGAUGAUUGGAGGGACCAAGCUGCCAUCCUGAUACCUGUUUCUUUUUUUCAGUUAGCACUUGGCUUUUGACAAAAUGUUCUUUUUAUGAGAUUUUGUCUUCUUGGAAAUGGCAACAGACAUGUUUUUAAUGUCAGAAUUUAAUCUAAUGUGACCGUUAGGAUUUAGAUUUAAAUAUACACUUUUAAUCUAUGUUCCCUCUCUGGCUCCAAGCCCUGGACGUGCUGAUGCCCACGAUAUCAUCUAAUCUGGACAGACAUGUCUAAAUGCUGUCUUAAGAAUUUAGCUCAUGUGUGCCAUACUACUGCUUCCUGGUAGCUACUCUAUUGUGUGCACAGUUUUUACAUUAACUUUAGAUGGAAAUUACAUCACUGUUUGUUAAGUGGUGACUGGUCUAGUUUGGUGAUCUUGCUCUUACUAUUCACUUUGUAAUAUUAGCUACAGUGUUUUGAAAAGCAGUAUUUGAUUAAGGACAAAUUCAUUACUUGAUGUUAUUAGAUUCUUUAAUAUAUUCUAAUAUGUAAGCUCUCUCUUUAUACAGUAGGCGUUAAAGAGAAUAUAAUGGUGUUCUGUCUUACCUAAUAUGUUCACAGGAAUUCAAAGGCUGUCCGUUUUGCUACAGGCUACAGAAAGAACCAGUAUAUUUUAGACGUGUGUCGCUUGUCACAAACAUGAUAUUUUUUAAAAUAGUGGCCUAAAUUAUUGCACUAGUAAUAAACCUUUUCAAAGUUCUUAUCUUCUCUAUAAAGUCUUUAAUUCAUUGUCCCUACGGUUUGUACUGGUGGCGUUUAAUGACAUCUGUGGUGCUGUGAUGCUGAGACACAUCUGGAUUAGGGCUGUCACAAAAGAAAUCACUAUAAUAAUAAUAUCACAACAUUUGCAGAAAUUUUGAAAAAACAAUCAGUCAAAUUCGUCUUUAACUUUAAUGUGCAUGCUGCCUACCUGGAAGGGUAGCAGCUACCUGGCUAGUUACUGUAUGGCGGUCUUCUUCUUCUUUCCCUGUUGAGUGGCUACCAGCAUUAAGGUGCAGUAACACUACCUACAUAGCUGGAGUGUCCACCAGAUAGUUACUGUCUUUGGAUUAUUUACGAUGUUAUCAUAUGUCACAUGACGUCACUAUUUAAUUUUUAAAGGAUCACAGCUGUUGUCAAUACCGGUCUGUCGCGACACCCCUAAUCUGGAUCCAACAACGCUACUUGUAACACACACAAAGAACAUUUUAAAUUAAGAACAUUCAUCCAGACAUUUAAGUUGCUCUUUGCCCCCAAAUGACCCAACGCCUCUAAUGCCAGUAGACUUUACAGGGUUAUGAUGUCACAGCACUAGUUUUACUGAGAACUUGGACUUUGACCUGAAGCUUCCAACUCCCAUGUGACAUAAAUGCAGCGACAAUCCAAUAUUCAGUCUAGAUGAACUUGUGUCCUGCCUGAUGUUUGUGCUUACACUGACCUCCUCUCAUACACAUUUCUCUGCUUCCUAAACUGUAGG